GGAGGGGGAGAGAGAGACCUGAGUGGUGACACAGCCUGUCACUCUAAUCAGAAGGGCGUGGGAGGGAGAAUCAAGAUAAAAGGAUAAGGAAGCAGAGAAAACAGGUAGUGGAAGAAACUGUAGCGACAGAGUUCAGCUGUGACUCUGAAUCAGGUUGUGUUUCCCUCAAAUUAAAUCACAAAAUUUCAGUCACCUGGAUACCUGGCAACCCAGGAGACAUCAUGAGAGCAAAUAAAGGGGCUGAGUUGUUCAUACUCAGUGUGGUUGUGGCAGCUGUUGUUUCCCUUGAGGUGGAAACACCCAAGAAAAAAGUGGAAGUGGCAAGAGGAAGUACUGCAACCCUGCCAUGCACCUUUCAACACUCUGCAAAAUAUACUGACAGUGACUUCGGUGUCUGGAGAAAAGUCUCUUCAAAUGAAGAAUUUGUUAACUGGUACUUUGAUGAUGGGAAAGAACCACCAUUUAUAGGACAGACAUACAAGAAUCGUGUGAACCUUUCUGGCAAUCCACGUAGCAAUGAUCUCACCAUCACCCUCAGUGAUGUGACCAUGGAUGACAAUGGAACCUAUGAAUGUUCAGUUCGCAUGCGCCAUGAUCCCCCCGUGAAAAGUGCACAGAUGGAUCUUGUGGUCCUUGUGGCUCCAUCCAUACCAGACUGCAAAAUUAUAGGGACUACAACAUAUGGACACAUUGUUAACCUGACAUGCAAUUCUCAGGAAGGAUCCCCAACACCUCAGUAUUCCUGGCAAAGAUUUGAUGUACAAAACCAACAAAAGGAACUCACAGGAGCAGUGUUAUCAGGGGGACUGUUGACUCUGAAGAACAUUUCUGCAGACACCUCUGGCUUCUAUAUCUGCACUUCCACCAACUCUGUUGGAAUGAAGUCCUGUAACAUGACUGUUUCCAUUUCUCCUCCAUCCAUGAACAUUGGCCUCUAUGUUGGAAUCAUUGCCGGUAUCGUUGCUGCAAUAAUUGUCAUUGGCAUUAUAGCUUAUUGCUGCUGCUGUAGAAAGCAGAAGGAUAAGGACUAUGAGUUUACAGAGACAGAUAAUCGAUACCAACCACCAUCAAAGGAACCUGUACGAAUCCGGGGGCCGGCUGAUGAAGAGGUACAGGACGAAGAUGAGCAGCAGGAGGAAGACAGGUGGAAAAGCAAGCCACUAAUGCCACCUACUCCCCAGCCAGAAGUGGAGGCUUAGAUACUAGCAUUUCCUGAUGGGAGAGGAGAACAGCCAAGGAAAGGAUCUUCAGGCGGUCCUGGAAUGCACUAGAUGAAUAAGAAAGAAGAGCUGCUUUAAAAGCCAUGGCAGCUUCAAGGCUUCCGUCUCUUAUCCUGUUGCCUUAGUGGGAAAGGAGAGGGAAAUUCUACUGUAAAUGCUACACUGGUAAACACACUCCAUGCAAAUUUUCAUAAUUCCUAUUUGUGAAUUGUUGAGAAAAGAUAAAUGAUGGGAUAUAUUCAGCCACUGUGUUCAGCAAAGAUUGA